CGAGCCGAGCCUGCUUCCCCACCGCAUCGACCAACCUUCCCUCCCGUUCAUUUCGGCGAUUCCGAAUUCCCAUCUGCUCCUCUCUUCUCCCGAGGCGAGAGCAAAACCGUCUAGCUUCCCAAACCCUAGCUCCUCGCUGGCCCGCGUCGCUGCCACCCCGGAUCAAGCCCGUACCGCACUCGAGCGUGCGUGCGUGCGUCUCCCCCGAAUUCGAGCGGCGGCGGCGGCAGAUGGGGCCCGACUCCAAGGAGUUGCUCGGGAUCGAGCCCCUCGAGCUGCAAUUCCCCUUCGAAACAAAGAAGCAGAUCUCGUGCUCUAUGCAGUUGACGAACGGAACGGAUGACUACAUCGCCUUUAAGGUUAAGACGACGAGCCCUAAGAAGUACUGUGUCCGACCGAACAGCGGCAUUGUGCCACCGCGGUCCACUAGCAAUGUCAUUGUGACGAUGCAAGCGCAAAAAGAGGCACCGCCGGACAUGCAGUGCAAGGACAAGUUUCUCGUGCAAAGUGUCAUUGUGGGGGCAGACACGUCAGCCAGAGACAUCACUGGGGAGAUGUUUACCAAAGAAUCGGGUAAUGUGGUGGAUGAGGUGAAGUUGAAGGUUGUUUACGUCCCACCACCCAAACCGCCAUCCCCAGUGCACGAGGGAUCUGAAGAAGGUUCCUCACCUCGGCCUUCAUUGUCCAAUGGAAACAACUUUAAUUAUCAAGAGAUGCAGACGAUGAGUGAAUCUGAUGAGCCACCAUUGUUCUCCGCUGUGAAAGCUCAUAAGGACCAAGAAGAGUUGACCUCUGAGACAUCUGCUUUGAUUUCAAGGUUGACGGAAGAGAGAAACUCUGCCAUUCAGCAGAACAAUAAGCUUCGAGAGGAGCUGGACCUUGUAAGGAGGGAAAUCAGCAAUCGGAAUGGUGGUUUCUCAUUUGUGUUCGUGGUGGCCAUUGCUCUCCUGGGAAUUCUACUAGGAUUCAUCAUGAAGAAAUAGAUGAGCUUGUGUGACUCUGCAUCUUGCUAGGCCGUCUUUUUUCAUAAGAUCGGAUGUACCACACUGCUACUCCAUAGCAUAUUCAUCUUAGGAUUUGGUGCCUUCUGUAAUUGUGCUUCAGAUGCCUGGCUACCACACCCAAGCAAUAAGCCUGUCUCCUUAAUCUUGUGUUAGUUCUUAUGUUAGCUUGUGCAACUAAGAAACUGGGUAAUCACUGAUAUCGUUUGGGUCAAACUGUUGAGAAAUAGUUGCAGGUAAUUAGUGUGUUAAUUACGAUAUGAUUCCCCAAUGCUUUCUGGAUAAGAUGCGCGGUUGCAUUCAGCAGUA